AUGCAGAGUCAAUGGAACACCGGUGUGUUCACCGCCAAAAGCACCUGCACUUCUGUCGAUUCCGGAAGACAGUCCUCGGAGAGCUCCACUACCAGUGAGACCUAUUCCGAGACCAGUGCCUCCAAGGAUAACUCCUCCACCUCCAAGGGCAAACCACCGCGAUUUGUGAGACCUCCGAUAGCACCACCCACGAGGAGGCCAAUAAUUCCACCUCCCAAGCCCACCAGAAGACUUCCCAUCACAAGGAAACCAACACGACCGAUCCCAAAACCACCAGUGACACGGAGACCCACCGCCAGGCCAACUAGACCACCUUUACUGCCAACCACGCGAAAAUUUCUGAUUUGGUCUCGAAUUCCCACUAGAAUACUGCCCACUAAACCAAACAUAAGGCCCACUCUGUGGACAAGACCUCCAGUGCGUCCUCCGUUGCCAACUAUUCGUCCAACGCCUCCAAGAGUGCGUCCUACUUUAUGGACAAGACCUCCUAUAAAAAUCACAGUGAGACCCACCAUUAGAGCUACAGUUAGACCCACUAUCAGACGGACUUUAUGGACGAGACCUCCAGUUAGACCAACUAUUCCCACAAUAAGACCUACCAAUCGACCACCUGUUAGACCCACUAUUAAAAGGACUUUAUGGACAAGACCUCCAGUUAGAACGACUAGAGGUCUAACUUUUAUUUUCUUUGAACACACGAAUACUCCUUCAACACCGCCACCAAUUCGUACCACUAGACCUCGAAAUCCGGACAGAACUCGAUCCACAAGAAAGCUGAUUUUUGUGUUUCCAAGGGACACUACUGCAAUCGCUCGUCGUCCUAAUUGGACAGUCCAUCCAACAGAAGUGACUAUUUUGAGAACCUAA